AUGCGUAAAUCCUUUGCAACGAAGCCUGAGAUGAAGGCGGAAGGUGCCUCCUUUUCCAUCGACGACUUCAAAACCGUAUAUUCAAAGUACACGACUGGGUUUGCGGACUUUGUUGAACACCCAGAAGUCGCUGUUGUUAUUGGAGAAAACUUGAUGAACUAUGAGCAAGACCAAUUUGUUGAACUUGCCUCGGAGUUUUACACGACAAACAACAAGAUAAUACCACUUCUGAAGUUAUUGAUAUCGACGGAGGUAGAGAAGUGUCAGCACAAAGAAGUCGUAUUCCGACAAAACAAUUUGUGUUCCAAAUUUUUGAUGACCUUUUCGCGGAGUGUAGCGCGUAAGUUCUUUAAAGACACGUUCAGUGGCUAUAUCCAAAAAGUAGUCACAACACCGCAGUGUUACGAAAUAGAUGAGACGCGAUUAGUCCCUGGGCAGAUAUUAGGGAGUAACUUAGCUCAGUUGGUUCUAUCGAUUAAAGAGUACGCCGACAUCUUAACCAAAACCAAAACACUUCUUCCAUAUGAAAUCGUCGAAGUCUCAAAGAUCAUGUACAACGCAGUGUUAACCAAGUUCCAAGGCGAUGAGGAGUUCUCUAUGAAGACAGUCACGACGUUUUUGAUCAAUCAAAUCUUCACAAGAGUCGUGAGCCGCCCAGAAGAGUCUGACAUCUAUGCUGUCGAGACCAAAUUGGGUCUCAAAAGUACAAGAAAUUUAGAAAUGGUGUCUGGUGGUGUUCGAGUGAUCUGUGCGCACGAAGUUGGCAAUGAGCCAAAGUGCUUAGAUAAAGUGUUAGCGUCUUCUAAAGGCUUAGAUGCCGUCUUUUACGCCUUUUCAAAGUACGUUGUCUUGGAGGCGCCCACUCCAACACAAAGCAACACAACCUUCCAAAUCUCUCGUGUGACUUUCGACGACCUUUUCAUUCUUCAUAAUAAAAUCCACUCGACGGCAACAACAGUUUCUGAUGGGAAAAUCAGUUGCAGCGACGAGUCGAAGAUCCUUAUCAAAAAGUUAGACGACACGUUAGGAAAGCCCCCAUCGACUACACCUAUCGAUGGGUCUAAUGAUCGUGUUAUGAGUGAUUUUGAAAUAGUAAGGAAAUUGGAGAGAGAGCGGAUCUUAUAUCGUGGGGGAGAAUUAAGCACGGGAGAGAAGGUCUAUUACAUCACCAUUUCUUUGUUAGUCAAAUUACUGAAAUUGGCCAAAGAGAGUAACCCGGACGAUCCAAUGACACUUAUCGACUUGUUAACUUCUGUUUUAAUGAAUAUGUCGAAGGCGUUUGUAUUUGUCUUUGACUGUAGUUGGUUCAAUGGAAACGACUUGCCACAGAAUGAGUUGAUCACUAUGUGCUCCUCAUUGGUACAACUUCCUCAAAACAUUAAAACCAAUUUCAAGCAUGGAUACAUCUUACACCCCGAGAAGAACGUGAAGAAGACGAUAGAAAGUAUGAUAUCAAACUAUGGCGCAUUCUCGUUGAGUAACGGAUGGAACAAGAAUUUUGAUAUCGUCGACGACUGGCAGACGUUAAGCAAACUCUUUGGGGAGACUGAAGUGGUGAUUCCUGAAGGAUCGAAGUUGUUUGUUAAAAGAGAGUUCCACGCACUGAAAGUGAAUCCAAAAGGAAAAGCACAGAACAGAAUCAUUCUGAUGACGUUCAACGCACUUUUGAAUAUCGAACCGUCGUCGCAUGACAUAAUGAAUGAGAUAGAAUUAAAAGGAAUAAAGUCGGUCGAGUUAUUUACUGGGUCGCCACACGUCGUCAUCCAUUUUGAAGCAGUCACGGGGAGAGAACGAAAGAAGAAAGAAGACAAGACAGAGAGAACAUAUAUUUUGCUUGAUAUGGCUGCACGUGAAACAUUACUUAAACUUCUCUUCUCAGUGUGUUUCUAUAGAGAAGUUCUCAAUGGAAAGAAAUUGGAGUUUGACGUUUUCAAUGGAACUAAAAAAUCGAAUAGCAGAAUUGUAGUAUGUGUUGAUAGAGUCGUCGUUAUCAAGAAGAACGAACUGGAACACGACAUCGUCUAUGUCUCACUGAAAAGCGUCACAAUCACUGAUGGUAAAACGGACGACUUCAAGACAGUCAGUUUCUUGUUUGAGACUCUUAAAAAUGGAGGUAUCGAGUGGGUUGAGAAGAAGUUUGGGAUCAUGAAGGAAGACGUCUGCCUUGUUGAUAUUGUGAAUUCGUUGAGAAUCGGCAAAUUUUAA